GACAAGUGUAGCAGAAGUCAGAACAUUUUACAUUAUUUUAGUCGAUAAGAGUCGCUCUUUGGAAGUAAUAUUAGUUGCCCAUGACAGCUGUAGGGCCUGGGCAGCAGAAGUAGUGUAGCAGCAGCAACUGUGUAGAAUCAACACGUGGAUAUCAUCUCAGCUAGGAUCCGGCGAGGUCUUGAGAGGCAUCAGCAAGAGUACAUAACCUGGUAUCAGUGACCAGCAGACCCAACUGACUGUCGCAUCACCAUUCGCCAAUCAACGAAGCGGAGAAAUUGCUGUUGAGCUGGAAAAAGUCGUGUUGUCAGACCCUGGCGAGUUUGCCAGUCAUUGUCAAGUUGUCGCGAGUGAUGCACGCCUACUAGUGGCUGAUGGAAGUAGUUUUCAGAGCUGGCAGGUUCCUGGGGCAGUUAAACGUGUGAGAGAACCUAAGUCCUUACUGCCAGUGUACGUACCAGUACUCUGCGUACAGACUCUUGCUGCUGUCCAGUACACACACAGGCAGUGGUAGCAAUGCCUUGCACGGUCAUUAUCCGUGUGCCGGAGGCGAGGAACCUCCCGGUGAUGGACAGGCAAUCAGAGUCGACCGAUGCGUUUGUCGAGGUGCGCCUGGGCAAAGACGAGAACCUGCGGCGGUCGGAGGUUUGCAGGCAUUCUCUGAACCCGGUCUGGGAGAGCUUGGAGGGGUUUGUGUUUGAGGUGGACGACGAUGAGCUGCAGAAUGAGCCACUGCAAGUGCGAGUCAUAGAUCACGAUAAGAUCAGCGCGCACGACGUCAUUGGCCGCGUGUACAUAUCCCUCGGGCCACUGCUGUUGAGCAACGCGCAGUCGCUGCCGCCGUUCCUGGACGGCUGGUUUCCGAUCUACGACACGCUGCGCGGCGUGCGCGGCGAGGUGCGCAUCGUCGUCCGACUGGAUGUGCUGGUCGACGCUAACCGAUACCGGCAGUCCAGCACUGGCGUGACGUUCUGCGCUGCGAGCUCUCUACCCUCCGGAUACGCUGUACGCCUGCACGGCUUUGUCGAGGAGCUGGUCUUCAACGACGAUCCCGAGCAUCAGUGGAUCGACAACAUUCGCUCGAAGCGCAAGUCCAACGAGGAGCGGCAGAGUCUGCUGCAGAAACUGGCGUGCUCGCUGCAGCGCAAGGUGGGUGUCAAGGUGCAGGAGGCCGGUGCCAAUUCGGUGCUGGGCUAUCGGCAGUGCAUUGACCUGGAGGGCGAGAGUGGCAUCGUACUGCGCUGCGUGGGCACCAUGGCUCAGGUCGACUUUGCAACCGUUGGUACGCCGCCCAUGGACAGCUCCAUGACCGACCGGCCGUACACGCUCAACUGCACUGCCGCUAGCGACAGCUUCCACGCCAUCUCACCGGCGGGCAUCACCAAGGAACCGCUGAGGAGAGGCUACGAUAGUCUGCCACACACGCCGUCCGAGGUGACCUUCCACGGAAACCUCUCGGGGCAGAUCUCGUCGAGCUUCAGUGAAGAGGACCUAUGCCAUGCGGUGGCGCAGGCGGACGGGACCGCCGUCGCCACGGCCGUGCCGCGGCGGACCAGCGUAAAGCCGGCGUGGCUGAAGGCGCCCGGUCAGCGGCAGGCCACCGAGUUCCCAUUCUUCACCGUGGACAGCCUGCCACCGGGCGUGCUGAAGCACAUAGCCGGCAUGGUGGUGUGCCGCAGCGUGGAGCUGCUGACCGACAUUACCGACGACGACAAGAUCAUCCGCGUGCACGACGACUGGUGGCACAAGGUGCGGCGCGAAGUGAUGUCGCACGCGCACUCCUGCGGCUGCAACGCCAUCGUUGGCUACGAGGAGACGGUCGCCAUCGACGGCGAGGACGUGGUGCUGCUCUCUGCCAGCGGCACCGCGGCGAUCGUGCAGCUCAACUGCGUGUCCACGCCCAGCUUCAAGAGUCAGGAGAGUAACGCCGCGGAGGGGGCGACGACAGCGGCAAUGCUGACCACAUCUGCGCCGACGUCCGUAGGUGGUGCUCCGCCGUCAGGCUCGGCCACCACCGUCACAACAGCAGCAGCAGCACCACACACUAGUGUUGGUGGAGAUGAUCGGCAUGCGCAACACCAGCAGCUGACCAACCUGUAUCGGCAUCAGAGCAGCGGUGUGGUGCCCAGUGCCGAGUCCUGCGCUCUGCUGCACGUGCCCGCUCAGCGCUGGUCCGUCCUGCAGCAUCGGCAAGACCAGGCCAAGUGCAGCGUGUGCGGCCUGGCCAGCGUGCCCUCCAUCCUGCUCACCAGCAUUGAGAUUCCACCGGAGCUGGUCGUUACCGGCCGCUCCAGCAUCAUCCAGUCGCACGUGUGCCGCGUCAGGAAGAAGGUCGGAGGCGAGGCUGGUGCUAUCUCUGCCAGCUCUGUACUGCCGUUCAUCGAGUCCAACCUGCAUCGGCAGCUGCUAGUCAAGCUCCAGCGCAACAAGAUGAACGCAGUGUUCGGACUGAAGACGCAGCUGUCUAUCAGCGAGUCUUACAUUAUCGCCGUGGCGACGGGCACUGCAGUGCGACUGGCCGCAUUGCCGCUGGCUGGAGAGACGCCGUCCGUCCCUGGUGCCGGUCCCACUGCUACUUCCACUCCCUUUCCUAACGAGGAGGCACGGGCAGAUGGAAGCGGCAAUGCUCAGGCUGCUCCUGCUGCCAGUGGUACAGACUCUUCUCACCAGCACCCGCAGAGACGGCCAUCGCUGGUCUCCAUUGAUCACCAGGACAGCCGCGGCGAGCGCUUGGCGGCCUUUGGCGAGGGAAAGGGCAUGUCGUUCCUCGAGUUGGACGACGGCACCAGCGAGGAGGACGGCAUGCCAUCUCUCAACGACCUGUACGAGAGUGCGGACAUACUGUGCUCCAGCUUGCAAGCCGUGCCCGGUUCUCCUUUCCUGCCGUCCCAGGCGCUCCACUCGCACCAGCUGUGCGUCGUUCACCGAGUGUCCGUCGACAAGCCGAGCUCCGUGAUGGCCCAGCUCAACCGAUGCAUGUACAACGCACUAGCGCGGCUCUUCUACCGCGCGUCGCGCAUGCAACAGUGCUGCAUCUGCAAGCUUGACUUUGACGUGAAGCAGUUUGAGGAGGGCGAGGAUCUACAGGUGACAGCCCGGGCAAACGUCAUGGCGUACGCCACGCACAGCCACUCGCGGUCUAUCGCCGAAGUGGAACACGUUCCGGUGGCGGCAAUGUCCUCGACAACGUCGGCAGCGCCCGCCUCGGCUGCCGCUGCUGCCGUCGCCACCGGUGUGCCGGCCCCGGCCGUGCCUGUGGCUGCUGUUGCUGCCACUUCGGCUGUGGUCGCAGUCCAGUCACCGGCGCGUCCCAUCCCGGCAGCAGCGCGCCUGUCGUCGUCGCAGCGUCCGCCGCACAUCGGCCGCGCUCGUGCCCCGCUCUCGUCGUCGUCGCUGAGCACCGCGCUGAACCGCGUGCUGAUCUCGUCGUGCGACAUCGUGCCCGGCUACCAGCUGCUGCAGCACCUUGGCCACGUCUCCAUCUUCCUGGUGCGCGAGAGCACGUCACUGCGGGAGGAUCACGGCUCGCUGGGCGGCAUGCUCUAUGAGUUCCUGGUGGAUGCCCAGGCAGUGGCGCGUAGUCAUGUCAGAGCGCGCGGUGGCAACGCACUGCUCAGCUUCCACGUCGAGAUCUCCGAGCUGGAGGAGAACAGUAACCAGGGCCAGUGCUUGCUGGCAGUCAGCGGCGAUGCCGUUCUUCUUGCUAGCAUUGACCGAGAUACGGCUGUGUGAUGUUGUUGUUCUUGCUAGCAUUGACCGAGAUACGGCUGUUUAGCAUGCCGCCGCCUCAGCCUCGAUCAUGUGUAUCUGAUACAAAUACUAGCCAAGGGAAACAAAUGACGGACGAGCUGUGCGUGAGCGGGCAAGAUCUGCCCCUACUGGUCCGAGUCCGAACGUGUACUCCCCCAGACCUGCCACGACGUGUGCUAUUCCAGCGCCAGCUCACAGUUGGAGUCGCUAGUUCUCUGCUGCUGCACUGAUCCUGUUGCCGUUUUCCUACGGUGGGGAGCAGUUUAUCAGGUUGGACAGCAUCUGUACUACACCAGUUUAUCAGGUUGGACAACGUCUGCGCUGCAACCGGCACUGAACACGGUAUGCAGUUUGUCCUGCUACACACAAGAGCAUCUCCUGCUUGCUGCACUGGGCAUUUGGGCUGCACCAGGGCCGCAUAGAAAUGCAUUUGCUGAGCGGCUUGCAUUCAAGUUGCACACGCACACACGUGUACUGGACUGAGUAAUCUCCGCAAGAGCUGGUGUGGACUGCUGGUAUUACAAGGGCCGGUUGCUGUUCAUCUCCUCUUGGCGAGCGUGCCGAGGUACAUUGGUGAGAACCCAGUGAUGUAACAAUCUACUCGCUCGUCAUUGCUACACUUAUUGUCUCUCUUCUGACGUUUCUUCAUCGGGUGACGUUUGCUUGGACAUCGUGGCCGGUAACUUUGAUGGCUUUGUGACUGAUAGCUGUAUAGCUGCAUCUACUGGAAGUAAGUUUUAAAGGAGGUCUUUACCGCCACAUCAUGUCUCUGAAUAUAUUUAAAAAAACAAAAAAACAAUUUGCUUUCACUAACUGCUACCUGGUGAAGGGUUUUUAAUUAUGGAUGCUGGCACCCGAACCCCCUCACCAUUGGCCUUGCUGCGUACCCGAACGGCCCACUGAGCUGAAUGUAGCAUACUUUGCCAAUACCGCUAUAUGUGUGUGUGUGUGUGUGUGCGUGCGUGCGUGUAUGUACUUCUGAAGCUCUCCUGUCUUUGUUUUAGUGCUGGCCAUUCCAAUACCCGUGCUACAGGAAUCUAACAUGCCGCUGACUGCCCGUAGAACUUUGCUGAUAUCUCCGUAGUAUCGCGUACCCAUGCUGCUUGUGGUGUACAUAUACUGAAGUAGUAAACUAUGAUAAUAUAUUAUAGUUAAGUUGUAUGUGUGCUACUACUAUGGCUGUACUGCUUUGCCAUACAAAAAAAGAAUAAACAUUCACUUAGAAAAGUUUUCGCUGCUGAGGCAUAUUUUUAGAUCACAACACUCCAUGGCACCCUAUUGUAUAAUAAUUAUUGUUAUUUCCUUGCCGGAAAUUGACUACUACUAGUACUGGUACCGAAGUUUAUUUUAUUUUAUCGUGCAUUGCUUGAGCAGUUUAUUUCUGGCCAGCGUCGCAAGCUUGUCGAUUCCUUGCGAGGCGUUGUACUUAUGACGUCUGCCUCGA